CUCUAUAUUGUUUAUGUUUGAUAUGGCGUCCCAUUUGACCAAAAUAUUAAACCUAUUGUUAUUAUGAAAUCGUAUAUAAACAUUUGAUGGAAAAGGGUUUUAUAAAUGUCGAUCAUCAGAACGUGAAGCUUUGCUAGGCGCAUGUAAACUAUUCAAAAUGGAAAACCAUUUACACGAAGUUCCUGUCAUUAAUUCUUUACAACCUCUACAUAUCCAUCACCAGCAAAUAAAUCAAGUAAAUAUGCAACAUGUUCCAGUGGAUCUGCCACAGCCAGUUGAUACAGUAGAGUUAAAACCGAAACCAGUAAUAGUAGAUAAAAAGAAGAAAGAAGCGAUAGACGGGCAGGCCCGUGAAAUCAUAUUCAAAGUCAUAAAAUUUUUCGAGAGCGAAAAACAGAAUAGGGGCUACGCAUUUCCAGUGGAGAAUGUCGUGAAACGAGCGUGUGCGGCCACUGGUUUAUCAGAGAGUACGAUAAAACGUAUAAAGAGGGAGGGUUUGAGGGCGGAGGCGACACAGACGAAAAUGACCGGACCAAAGAAAAAGCGUAUAAGAAAAACAAAAGUGCAAUUAGAUUAUUACAAAUUGUGCGCACUGCGCGGUAUCGUUAAUAGUUACACAUCACGUAAAGAAGUGCCGACGCUGGGCAAAAUAUUAGCAGCUGCUAAACACGAGUUGGACUAUAGGGGCGGUAAGGAGUCCCUGCGGUUAAUAUUAUUAAACAAAUUAGGCAUUAAGUUCAAGAAGUGUGAGAAAAAGAAGAAAGCGGAAGAGGCGCCGCCCCAGUAUCAAGCACCACAGCAUGUUAUGCCUCACAUACCCAUGGAGCAAAUGAAAGCAGAAAACCACUGUAUAUACACCAAUAUGAUGCCUCAAGUACCAGUGUCUUAUUAGCGCAUACUUUAUUCUAAAUCUAAUUACAAAGUAACAAAGGGUAGGUGAUCUAGGAAACUCGCCUAGCCUAAAGUAUUACACAUAUUAAUGCUAGAAAGAUAAAACCUAGGAUCACUGGAGUUAUGCCAGUCCUCGAAUAUUGAUAGCAAUAUAAAACCUCGCCUAUGUUAUUAUAUUAGAUUCAUGUUAGGGAUGGUUUAAUUGAACCAAUAUUUUGGAAUAAAAUGAUGUUUCAAAAUGAAAAUGAAUCAGAAUGAGGUAUUCCGUAUUAGAUCAGAUCAGAAAUUUUCGAAUAAUUGGUCAAUGUUAUGUAAAAAGACUAAAUCUGAAUGAGAACCUCUUGUAAACUUACUUGGUCGCCUACAAGCUGCUGGUCUAUGUUGAAUGCUCCAAGUAUCCCUGGGUGGACCAAGUAGCUACCAAUUUAGCACUACACAAAAGUGAUCGGGUAACAUGGUUCCGUGCUGGCAUUAUUAGUCUUGUUGUCGGAGGCCAAGACUCUUAUAUCAUUUUUUCUCUAGAACACAUUUUCCCUAGUACUGCAAGAGUUGUAACUACAAUGGGUUCUCAAGGUUUGUUGGCCUUUUUGAAUGUACAGAGUUUUUAAAAUCACUUGGGUUUGCAGUGUAUGAGGCUGGGGGCAAAUACUGCCCUUUCGGCUGAAAUUUAGUAGUGGGUAGUUUGUUCAAGGGAAAAUACUAUUUAUCGCAAUAGCAAUAAGGUUCCAAUUAGUGUAAAUAAGAUUAUAUAAUAAUGGCACCUGUUUUGUACUUUUCUAGCAGAGAUAGCAUAAGCAAUAAUUUUAACAGUAAGUUUUGAAUUAAAAAAUAUGUGCAUAUUACGUAUAAUUGAGAUAAAUUUUAAAAUUUCAUAAUUAUAUUGUAUAGAAUUUAAUAUAAUCAUUUUUCAGGCUAUUUAAAACUAUUUUGUUUCGUUUGUUAGCCAUUUUGAGUGGAUCUGUGAAAUAAUUAUGUAAAAAUUUUACCAUUAUUGAAGAUCUGAUUUGAUGUAAUUACUUUAGAGGCUCGGAAUAGUUUCAGUUAUUUGUUUUUCCAACUCUAUUAUGGCAUGUCAUAAAGAGUUUAUAAACAGAUUUUUUUAACAUGCUCUUUUAAAAAUAAUGUUUAUGCUGGUUACUGAAUGGUUUACUAUAAAAAAAUAACAAUAAUACCAUAAAACGCAAUACCUAUUAUGGGUAAAUGCAUGUCAUACGGUUAUAAUGCUAUUCUAAGCCGCCCAAUGUAAUUAUAUUUAUGCAGUAAUGUAUCGAAUUCAUUAAUUAUAACGGGAAAUAUUCGAAUUACAAUUUACUUUAUUUCAAAUUUUUUUUUUGUUAGGUAUUUCGCAUGUAUACAAAUUUCGAAUUUCGAACGAGAACGAUAAAGAGCAAUAAUAAAAAUGUAUCUGUCUUGCUCAUUCGUAUUUUGUAUCAAUCGAAAACCGCGAGACAGGCGUAUUUUAAAAUAGUGUUAUUGUACGAAAUUCUUGUUUUAUAAAAUGCUAUGAAUAUAUCGCUAUCUCGCUCAUACUUAUCAACAUUUUAUUUUGUAAGAGCGAGAUGAAACAUUAUUAAUUUACUGGUGUUUAUUUGUUUAGACAGUGAUAUUUUAAAUAUUGACUUAAUGUGUAUUAUAAGG